UGGCCCGAGACAAAUCUUUCUAAUAUCUAUCUAUCUCCGGAAAAAUAAAAAUCGGUGGCUUAUGGUCGUCUCCGAUUUCCACUCUCUGGGAGACAGAAAAACCUCAUAAUCUCAAAAAUUGUUCACUGUGUUUAUCUUCCUUCUAAAGUUCUAAGAAGCUUCGAUUCUUAAUUCUGUUUAUCGAUUUGAAUUCCUUGUUUCUAUUUCCCAACCGUUAGCUGAUUGUGCUAGAUCCAUUUUUCUGGUGAUUGAUGCAACUUCUGGAGCUCGAUUCUUCGUUCUAGUAUUUGAUUAUUCGAAGCAGAGUUGGUGUGAUGAAUGCUAAUGAGGAGGGGGAGGGUUCACGUUACCCAAUCACUGAUCGAAAGACCGGAGAGACGAAAUUCGAUAGGGUUGAGAGUCGGACAGAGAAGCAUAGUGAAGAAGAGAAAACUAAUGGAAUUACUAUGGAUGUGAGAAAUGGGAGUUCAGGUGGACUGCAAAUUCCAUUGUCGCAACAAACAGCGGCAACUGUCUGUUGGGAAAGGUUUCUUCAUGUGAGAACCAUUAGAGUUCUGCUUGUCGAAAAUGACGACUGCACUCGUUAUAUCGUUACUGCACUUCUUCGCAAUUGUAGCUAUGAAGUUGUUGAGGCGUCAAAUGGGAUACAAGCUUGGAAGGUGUUAGAAGAUCUAAACAAUCAUAUUGAUAUUGUGCUAACAGAGGUGAUCAUGCCUUACUUAUCUGGUAUCGGUCUCUUGUGCAAGAUUUUGAACCACAAAUCUCGUCGGAACAUCCCUGUCAUCAGUGAGUUCUUUUUCCUUGGUCGUUUUACAUUGAGCUCUUUCUUUUGAAGUUACACGAUUUGUUGAGUCUUCUCUAGCGUAUGUUGGAAAGUAGAUGCUUUUAACUACAUUCCCCUGUGAGAUUUGUGUUGCAGUGAUGUCAUCUCAUGACUCAAUGGGGCUGGUCUUUAAGUGCUUAUCGAAAGGAGCUGUUGACUUUCUUGUUAAGCCAAUAAGAAAAAAUGAGCUUAAGAUCCUUUGGCAGCAUGUUUGGAGAAGAUGCCAAAGUUCUAGUGGUAGUGGAAGUGAGAGCGGAACGCAUCAAACUCAAAAGUCUGUGAAAUCGAAAAGUAUUAAAAAAUCUGAUCAAGAUUCAGGAAGCAGUGAUGAGAAUGAAAAUGGGAGCAUUGGCCUGAAUGCUAGUGAUGGAAGUAGUGAUGGGAGUGGCGCUCAGAGCUCUUGGACGAAAAAAGCUGUGGAUGUUGAUGACAGUCCACGAGCGGUAUCUCUAUGGGACCGAGUUGAUAGCACUUGCGCCCAAGUGGUACAUUCUAACCCUGAGUUUCCAAGUAAUCAGUUGGUUGCACCACCUGCUGAGAAGGAGACUCAAGAACAUGAUGAUAAAUUUGAAGAUGUCACAAUGGGUAGAGACUUGGAGAUUAGCAUUCGUAGAAACUGUGAUCUGGCCCUGGAGCCAAAAGAUGAACCCCUAUCUAAAACUACUGGCAUUAUGAGACAGGAUAAUUCGUUUGAAAAGAGCUCUAGUAAAUGGAAAAUGAAAGUUGGAAAAGGACCAUUGGACCUCAGUAGCGAAAGUCCUUCAAGUAAACAAAUGCAUGAAGAUGGAGGCUCGAGUUUCAAAGCUAUGUCUAGCCACCUUCAAGAUAACAGAGAACCUGAGGCGCCUAACACUCACUUGAAAACUUUAGAUACAAAUGAAGCUUCUGUUAAAAUUUCUGAAGAGCUAAUGCACGUGGAACAUAGUUCAAAGAGGCAUAGAGGAACUAAAGAUGAUGGGACACUAGUUAGGGAUGAUCGGAAUGUGCUGAGGCGUUCAGAGGGCUCAGCUUUCUCAAGGUAUAAUCCAGCCUCAAAUGCCAAUAAGAUUUCUGGUGGGAACUUAGGAAGCACUUCGCUUCAGGAUAAUAAUAGUCAGGAUCUUAUAAAAAAGACUGAAGCAGCAUAUGAUUGUCACUCGAACAUGAAUGAGAGUCUCCCCCAUAAUCAUCGCUCACAUGUCGGUAGCAAUAACUUUGAUAUGAGUUCCACGACUGAGAACAACGCUUUCACAAAACCAGGAGCUCCAAAAGUAAGCUCAGCAGGAUCUUCAUCAGUGAAGCAUUCAUCGUUUCAGCCUUUACCCUGUGAUCAUCAUAAUAAUCAUGCCUCCUAUAACCUUGUCCAUGUCGCUGAGAGGAAGAAGCUACCGCCACAAUGUGGAUCCUCAAAUGUGUACAACGAAACGAUUGAAGGUAACAACAACACAGUGAAUUACAGUGUGAAUGGAAGUGUAUCAGGUAGUGGUCAUGGAAGUAAUGGGCCAUAUGGAAGCAGUAACGGUAUGAAUGCUGGAGGAAUGAAUAUGGGAAGUGAUAAUGGUGCUGGCAAAAAUGGAAAUGGCGAUGGUAGUGGAAGCGGAAGUGGAAGUGGUAGCGGAAACUUGGCGGAUGAAAAUAAGAUCUCUCAAAGGGAAGCUGCUUUGACAAAGUUCCGUCAGAAGAGAAAAGAGAGGUGCUUCCGAAAGAAGGUACGAUACCAAAGCCGGAAAAAACUAGCAGAACAACGCCCUCGAGUGCGAGGCCAAUUUGUGCGUAAAACAGCCGCUGCAACUGAUGAUAACGACAUAAAAAACAUUGAGGAUAGCUAACGGAAAAUCAACAAAACCCACUAUUUCUCAGCCCAAAAACAUGAGUAAUGUGCUCAUAUCUAUCUUAUAUAUAUAUAUCUAUCACAUGUUUUAACAUUUUCCCUUCAAAGUCUGAUUCUUUGAUAAUACUACUACUAUUCACGAAACAAAGACACUACGACAUUUGAUUGUUUGUUAUUAUUGUCGUUGUCUGGUCUGGUUUGUGAAAUUAGGACGAAGGGUUUGGUUUCAGGAUGUAGUGAAAUCUUUGUAGAUGUUGUAAACUUGUAAAACAAUAACCCCUUCUCUGUAUAUUUUUUGGUAUAAGCUUGCUUUUGGAGCCGUGCAUAGUACGGUGUCGUAUUGUAUCAACAUUAUCUCUUUCAAUAUCAUUUAGCUUAUAUCGUAAAUAUAUAUAUUCUUAGAAAAAAUCUGUCUUUGAUAAACACCAUUUUAAAAUAGGAAUAAUCAAUCUCUUAUACCCAAAUGAUUGGAAACUAUAAUGGUGACCACGAUUGUUGCUUAUUAAAGUUCAAUUUCAAUAUUGUUACAACUUACAACACAAGAAAUUUAUUCAAUCAAAUAAUCUCUUUUUGUGUGUUGAAAAGAAAUUUAAAUUCCA